AUGCAAACAAACAAUAUCCUGAGUCCUUCCUUGUCGGUUGACACGAAAUCUUUCCUAUCGCAGCGAUGCAUCAACUGUUGUAGCUUUGAGGGAGGGAAUGAAUCUUUGAUGGUCACUAGUGGUCGCGACAGCGCUCGUAAUCAUGAUUCCACCACCAACACCACCACCGACCAAUCAUUCAACACUAUUCGCUUGGACCAACUUGAACAACAACCACCUCAUCAUCAUCGGAAUGAAGAGUUUCAUCCAGCCAUUCUGAAGGGGUCCUCACCAUUAUCCUCUUCAGAGCCUCUCUCAUUGGAUCAUAUGUCCAUUCCCAUUCAAGAAACAGACAUUACCUCAGAAGAAAUUAAUAUCAAAAUUGCUCAACUGGUUUACAAGGCUUUUCCUCAUCGUUUUAUGGGAGGUAUCUUUUCAAAUUCAAACGAGUCAAUUUCGGAAGAGGAUUUUUAUGAAGAAUCAAUGAACUCGCCAAUUACCUCCGAAGAGGAAAAUGGCAACACCACCACCGAACAACAACAGCUGCAACCACAACAACUAUUGACAACAUCAAUUUACUCUCCCUCAUCACCAUUUCAUUUCGAUCACCAUCAUGACAGUCGUAUUCCUGUGUACAAUUAUGAAAAUAAUGAUGAUACCCUCAAUGGUGAAGAGGAUGACGAAAAAGUUCAAAGUGGUAAUGAAAAUGAUAAUACUUCUGUGGGAUCUUUCUCGAGUGGAAUACCUUCGGAUAUGGUCACUUCGACGACCAUUUCUGCCAUCGAAUCACCAACCAUUAAUCCUCAUCAAAUCAUUCACGGAGAUGGUAAUAAUCCACAACAACAACAACAAUACUUGAUUGAUUCAAUUCCUACAUCCACAAUCAACGUUUCGUGUUCUCUAUCUCGAGAUUCACACCAUGAAAAUGACAUGGCUGGGUUGAAUGAAAAGACUAGGAAUGAUCAUGUUGAAUUUUGGCAACUCAUUCUUCAGAAAUAUAUUCACAUCAAGCAAUUAACUGGGGGUACUACAAAUCGAUUGUAUUUGGUACAUUUUCUUCGUCACAAUCAUGACGACCACAAUGGGGAAGAACAACAUCAUCACCAAAACACCAACACUCUUGACCACCUUUCAAAUCCAAAGAAGGUUCUUGUGCGUUGCUUUGGGCAAAACUCUGAAAAUCUCAUCGAUCGUAAAGCUGAAUUGCACUACAUUCAGCAAAUUUCUUUACAUUAUCCAGAGUUGGCACCGUCCAUUUAUUGCAAAUUUCAAAAUGGGCUCAUCUACAGAUAUUUUGAAGGGAUUGGACUUGAUGAGUUAGGUGGAGCUAAAGAUCAUUAUUUGCAAAUUGCCAAACUUAUGAAGGCAAUACAUUCGAUUCAUGUUCCGUCGUUUCAAAGUGAGUCUUCUUCUUGCAAGCCUCACCACAACAAUCACCGCAACGCACACCAUGUUAAACCUGUUGUGUUUGAGCGAACUCAUCGUUGGCUUGAUCUUUUAAAAAGCAGACGUGAGGAAUUUAACAAGAGUAGUGACUCCAUUCCAAGUGUGCUUGACAUGGAUCAGUUAGAGAAGGAGGUCAACCUCAUCCAAUCCUAUUGCAAAGACUUUCCAGUAUCAUUUUGUCACAAUGACAUUGGAGCUCACAAUAUUAUUUACAACGAAAAGGAAAACCAUUCCUAUCAUUUAAUUGAUUUUGAAUAUUGUGGAUACAAUUACUCUGCAUUCGAUAUUGGAAAUUUCUUUUGUGAAUUUGGAGGUUUGUGUAUCAAUCCACAAGCAUUUCCAACUAGGGAACAACAAACACUCUUUUUGCAAAGCUAUUUUGAAGGAUCCUCUGUGAGUGAGGAACAAUUAGAAUUAUUCAGAAGACAAGCCAAUGUCAUGAGUUUGGUGAGCAAUUUACAUUGGUCUAUCUGGAGCAUGUUACAACACAUGUUCUCAACCAUUGAUUUUAAUUAUCUCGAAUAUGCAGAACGAAGAAUGCAAUGGUAUUACAGAAUCCGAGAUGAAACUCUUUCUCUCAUUUCAUUGAAUCAUGAUGAUGAAAAAUAA